AUGUCGGGCCAAAUUGCAGCUUUGGAGGAGGAUCGCAAACAGUAUCAAGAGCAGCUCGAUGUUGUUCUCGCCGGCCUCAAAGAUGAUCCCGAAAAUGCCGAACUCAAGAAUCUUCAGGCGGAGUUGAAUGACAUGAUUUCCCUCCUAAACGAGUCUCUUGCUGAGCUGCAGCCGAAGCAGGCGCCCAAGCCCGUACCCCAGAAAGCCCCCAGCCCGCCGGAGCCCGAGAAGUGGUCCAAGGAGAACCACCCAGCUUUCAAGAAGGCGGCCCCCGCCUCCGAAGAGAAGGAGGAACCGCCCGUUACGUACUCGGUGAACGACACUGUCAUGGCGAAAUGGGCUUCGGGCGACAGAGGCUUCUAUCCAGCCCGGAUCACAUCCAUCACCGGCUCUUCAACAGACCCCGUCUACAUUGUCAAAUUCAAAAGCUAUGACAACACGGAAACGCUGCGGGCCAAGGACAUCCGCCCCAUGUCCAACAAACGCAAGGCUGACGGAGCACCAGCUCCCGCAUCUAGCACCGCACAACAAACCGCUCGUCCGCCGGCCCCUUCGAACGGUGUCGUUACAUCCGCAGCAGCUAGCUUGUACCCGGAGCAGCAAGCCAAGAUUGAAGCAGAGAAGAUUGCUGCCGAUAGCGCCGCAAAGCCCCCCAAAGCCAAGAAGAUUAAAGCCACGAAAGAAUUGGAAAAGGGCAAAUCCAAGUGGCAAGAGUUCAACUCAAAGUCCAAGUUCGGAAAGCAGAAGAAGGAUAGCAUGUUCCGCACACCCGAUGGCGUUGGCGGCCGAGUCGGUUUCACAGGCUCUGGCCAAGCUAUGCGAAAAGACACUGCUCGCAGUCGACACGUUUAUCAACAAAACGAUGAACUCGACUAA